AUGUCAACAACACAGGAAACAACACUACACACCAAGAAACCGUACCGGAUUUGUCAUCACUGUGAUCAUGUAAAGAUUUGUUGUUACGGUGAUCAUGGUGAUCAUGUAAAGAUCUGUUGUUACGGUGAUCAUGUAAAGAUCUGUUGUUAUGGUGGAAAUGUAAAGAUAUGUUGUUACGGUGAUCAUGUAAAGAUCUGUUGUUACGGUGGAAAUGUAAAGAUCUGUUGUUAUGGUGAUCAUGUAAAGAUCUGUUGUUAUGGUGGAAAUGUAAAGAUUUGUUGUUACGGUGAUCAUGAAAAGAUCUGUUGUUACGGUGGAAAUGUAAAGAUCUGUUGUUACGGUGAUCAUAUCUGUUGUUACGGUGGAAAUGUAAAGAUUUGUUGUCACUGUGAUCAUGUAAAGAUUUGUUGUUACGUUGAUCAUGUAAAUAUCUGUUGUUACGGUGAUCAUGUAAAGAUUUGUUGUUACGGUGAUCAUGUAAAGAUUUGUUACGAUGGAAAUGUAAAGAUCUGUUGUUAUGGUGAUCAUGUAAAGAUCUGUUGUUAUGGUGAUCAUGUAAAGAUUUGUUGUUACAGUGAUCAUGUAAAGAUUUGUUGUUACGGUGAUCAUGCAAAGAUUUGUUGUCACUGUGAUCAUGACAAGAUUUGUUGUUAUGGUGAUCAUGUAAAGAUUUGUUGUUACGGUGAUCAUGUAAAGAUUUGUUGUUACGGUGGAAAUGUAAAGAUUUGUUGUUACGGUGAUCAUGUAAAGAUUUGUUGUUACGGUGGAAAUGUAAAGGUUUGUUGUUACGGUGAUCAUGAAAAGAUUUGUUGUCACUGUGAUCAUGUAAAGAUCUGUUGUUACGGUGGAAAUGUAAAGAUUUGUUGUCACUGUGAUCAUGUAAAGAUUUGUUGUUACGGUCACUGUGAUCAUGUAAAGAUUUGUUGUUACGGUGAUCAUGUAAAGAUUUGUUGUCACUGUGAUCAUGUAAAGAUUUGUUGUUAUGGUGAUCUUGUAAAGAUUUGUUGUUACGGUGAUCAUGGAAAGAUUUGUCGUCACUGUGAUCAGUCUCUAGAUGACAAAUGA